GGUCAGGGUCCGCAGUCCUCGGAGCCCCACGCUGGCUCCCGCACACUUGGGGUAGCAGGGUUUCAGCGCUGGGCACUGACAUCGGCCUUCAAGGCCCCCACCCGGGUCGCGGCGGAGGGCGGAGCCGGGAGCCCGCCGCCCCGCCCCCAUCCCCGCCCCCGCGCGCUGCGGGCCUGGGGCGUGGAGAGGGGAGCUCAGCGGAAAACGCAGACCCCGCGCCCCCAGGCCCGGGGUCCCGGGGAGCGGAGUUCCGUGUCACCUGCGGGCCGCAGGGUCGGGGCGGGUGUCGGUGCAGGGUCCCAGGAAGUCCCGACAUAUGGCCGUGGGCGGAAACCCGUCUGGGAGCCUUUCCCCAGCCAUGGACAGCCCCAGUCUUCGAGAGCUCCAACAGCCUCUGCUGGCGGGCGUGGGCUGUGUGUCCCCCAUCCAGAAGCCUGGGGAACCUCAGAUGGGGCCUCCCUUUCGAGAGACAGCCUUUGCGGAGUCACUGGGGGGUUGGCCCUUCCUACCGUCACCUCUUCCUUCUGUGAGCGCUGGUCUUGGGGAGCUGGGAACCCCUGACCUGGAGGACCCAUCAUCCAGCGACAGCGACUCUGACUGGGACAGGGGCAGCCUUCUCUCCCCGCUCCUACCCCACGACCACCUCGGGCUGGCUGUCUUCUCCAUGCUCUGCUGUUUCUGGCCUGUGGGCAUUGCAGCCUUCUGCCUGGCCCAGAAGACCAACAAGGCUUGGGCCAAGGGUGACGUCCAGGGGGCAGGGGCUGCCUCCCGCCGAGCCUUCCUGCUGGGGGUCCUCGCCGUCGGGUUGGGCGUGUGCACAUAUGCAGCUGCCUUGGUGACCCUGGCCGCCUACCUGGCCUCCCGAGAGCCGCCCUAGUUGCCCCUGCAGCCCCCACUGUCAAUCAGGGGCCGGGACCCGGGAGCGCCGCUGGCAACGUGGAGAAUCCGGGUGGAUGAGGCGGCAGCAGCGGCAGAACCCUCCUUCCUGGCCACCGCAGCGUGAUAUUAAACUCCAGACGCUCUCGAAGCCAAA